AUGAUGAUUCAUCUAGAUCAGAAAAAGAGGUGGCUGCUGAAAGGGCUUUGCUCUCUAGGUAAAACCCUACCUAGCAAGAAACAAAAUAUGCCUCAAGAAAAUAUUAUUGACCUUGAGGAAGAAAGCACUGAAGGAGAAGAUGAUCCUUUGGUCCAUCUGGUUAAACCUAGCGUGGCUGAAAAACUGAGAAGUAAGAAAGGAAAAAGCAUGGCUAAAAUGAGAGCUGCUAGAGUGAAGAAGACUGCAGGAGUAGGACCCUCUAAACCCUGGAGCAAGGUUGAGGUUGGAAAAAGAAAAGAGAGACACAUCUCUGAUUCUGAAGAGAAUGUUAAAGAUGAUGUCCUAAACAUCUCCCCUGCAAAAAGGCAAGCAGUUCAGAAAUCUCCUAGCAAGGUUGCUACUGUCCAUCUUGACAAUAUCUCCUUUCAUUUGGAAGAUGGAGCAACAAAGUGGAAAAAUGUCAUUCAGAGACGUGUAGCCAUUAAAAGAGAACUGGGUCAAGAAGCUGUGGAGGUAAAGGAGGUUAUUGAGUUGAUCAAAAAUGCUGGACUCAUGAAGACUGUGGCAACUCUACCCCAAUGCUAUGAGGGGCUGGUUAAAGAGUUUAUUGUUAAUAUCCCUGAGGAUAUUCUUGAUAAGAACAGCAGGGAGUUUUGCACAGUUUUUUUAAGAGGAAAAUGUGUAAAAUUCUCACCAAAUGUCAUCAACAUGUUCCUAGGAAGAGGAAUGGAUGGAGGAGUAGACUUAGAAACCACAGACAAUGAGGUCUGUAGGGCUAUCACAGUUGGCCAAGUUAAGGAAUGGCCCAGUAGAAAUCACUUAUCAGCUGGAAAAUUAAGUGUUUAA